GGCAUCGUGGAAAAAAUCAGUACGAUGGGCGAUGGAGCGGUGGCGAGGAAUGGCGUAAUAAUUCGGGAGCAUUCUUUCGCGUCUUCCUUCCCUUUUUUACACCAUCGGGGAGGGAGAUUUUCGAUUUUUACCUCGCACCGAAUCAAAGUUACUGCGGCUGUUCGGCGGUUUUCUUCUUUUGAUCGAGUGUAUCGGUAAUUAGGAUUCAAAAAUGGCCAGUGGAUUUGGGGAAUCAUCGAGCAGAGAGCCACAGAACUCUUCUUUUUCUGGAAGCAGUAGCAGCAGCAAUGAUGCGGGCAGCUUUGAAUGUAACAUCUGCUUUGAAUUGGCACAAGACCCAAUUGUCACCCUCUGCGGCCACCUCUUCUGCUGGCCCUGCCUUUACAAAUGGCUCCAUGUUCAUGCCCACUCUCAAGAAUGUCCGGUGUGCAAGGCCAUCAUUGAAGAGGAAAAGCUAGUCCCUCUCUAUGGACGAGGAAAAAACCCAACCGAUCCACGAUCUAAGUCAGUCCCAGGUGUCAACAUUCCUAACCGUCCUGCUGGGCAAAGGCCUGCGACAGCCCCACCACCGGACCCGACCCAGUUUCCUCACUCAAACCCAUGGUUUAUGGGCGGAACUCCAGUGGCAAGCAGUAGGUUCGGGAACUAUACGUUCUCUGCUGCAUUUGGUGGUCUGUUCCCGUUGCUGAGCUUUCAAGUUCAUGGGUUCCCUGAUGCAACUGCUUAUGGGCCUGCAGCGGGUUUCCCUUAUGGGUAUGCGAAUUCAUUUCAUGGAGGACAUGCUCAUGGGUUCCCACGACAUGCGUCUCAUGGACAGCAGGCUGAUGUUUAUCUGAAAGCACUGCUGUUUCUGUUUUUGUUGUUGCAGCAAAGAGUAGGUUCCCAGAAUUGCGAUGCCCUCUCCUUCACUAUAAUCUUCAGUUGUGCCACUGUUUAGCCCAUUCUGUCUUCGUGAUUCAUCCUCCAUCUACACCCCAGCAUUUGAAAGCUCUUGUUUGAUCAAGAUGAUUAUCAAAAUUGCACAAUGAUGCCCAUCAACUCAUCCAAGAAAUGUGUCGAUAUUUUCACCUGAUUAUUGUAACAGAUUCAUUUAUCUCCUUGCAUUCCAAGAUAACUGCCAAUAUUUUUAUACCUAUUCCAAUUCAACCACAUAAUUAUUCUCUUCU